GCCACAGCCGCAGUAGGUCCUCGUGCGUGCCGCCGCACGCAUCGCGCUCGCCCUUUCCGUCCCGAACCACCAAACGCUCGCUCAAAUCGAACCGACGCACGAAAAAAACAACGCGCGCCAUUUAAAACCUAGUCGUGCGCGGAUACAAUGCCCCGAUCCAAAUCGUUCCCAUAGAGAAAUUCACAUUCCGACGGUAAGAACCCGGAAAAAGGUUGUGCACUUUGCCCAAUCCGCACAAUUCGUAUGCGUUGCUUGUCGCACGUUGCGAUGCAAUUGUCGUAGACAUUUGUUUGAACCAGUUGUCAUGACUACUGAAGUAGAAUAAUGCAUUACACAACAUUCGACGAACUAAAAGAAAAUCGAUAGUUUAAAGAAAGAAAAACCGUGCGUCUAGGUACGUGUGUGCAAUACGAAAUCAAAUUAGCUACACGCUGGUUUCGCUGGCUAAUUUAAUUUGUCCGUGGAGCAAUUUGUCAAGUCAUCAACAUCCGUGCGCAACAACGCGUCGAAUAAUGCACGCGGAGUGUGAGAUAUAGGUGUUUAGCGAUUGCAGGUACACGCUGCGUGAAUGAUACACAUUGCAAUCACGUGGAGCAGCCUGAUGAUGAAGGGAAUUGAGAAUUACGGCGGCGUUGGCACACAUUGGGCGCUGGGCAGCAUUGUGUUAGUGGUACUCGCCGCCUCCGAAUAUUCAGGCGCCGGCACCCUCGUCGCGCUGCCAGUUACGGCAAUCGCUGUCUCGUUUGCAGUUUUAUGCGGCUCGGGCAACGCGGAAAAACAAAUAAAUCGUCACAAAGGUGUGGUAAACACAUUAACGUUCUUCGAAAUAUGGCUUAACGUCUUGCAACACCUGGCGGCGGCGGCAACAUGCGCCCGGGUUGCCAGUGCCACCAUGGAUUACAUGAGCGAUCAAAGAUCUAGGGAAUGGCUGUUUGGCUUGGAAUCGCAUUCUUUGGGGGAACCGUGGCCAGAUGUCCUAGGAAUUGGAAUCAUCGCGAUCGUAACGGCGCUAUUUAUGUUGGGAUUAGAGAAAUCACACUAUUUCUGCAUCUUGUUGUUUUUAAGUAUUGCGAUUAGCUUUUUAUUCUUUAUUGUGGUCGGUGGAUAUCACACUGAUAUUAGUUUUUGGAAUUGGAAAGAAGAUUUUGGGAAACGAUCUUGGGGAUGCUUGUUGACUACGUCGGCAAUGUGCUCUUACGGCUUCACCAAUUCGUUUCCGAGUGCCUUACAGGCGAAGAAAAUUAAAAUGUUCGCACUUGUGAUAAUUCCUCUAUGCUGCUACUCCCUAAUAGCUACCAUCUUCACUCUAAUGUCGCAUUAUCGGGAAGUGGCCGGAAUCGCAAUCCCGCUCGUGCGGGUAUUCGAGGUGCGCGACGUCGACUGGGCCCGACCGGUGAUGGCGGCGCUCACGAUUUGCGUUGUUUGCCUGCCGCUGACGGAAAUAAUGCCGUCGUUAUAUAAUUUAUUGGUGAAGUUGGCCGGACGCGAUUGGAAAGUUUUAGCGUCGCCGAUAUUAUACCGCAACGCGUUCACCGGCGCACCGGUGCUGGCGAUCUUCACCGCCGGCUCGCUGGCGUCGAUCCUGGCGUUUGCCUGCCCGCUCGCAUACUUGGUGCGAAUGCUCAACGCUGCCGCAUUGUUCAAGUGCGCGCUGAAAGCGAUCUGUGGUCUGUACCUGCGGUACAAACCGGACGUGGGCGCUGAAGAGAUGAGCUUCGGAAACACGCAAGGCCCAGUGCGGUACAGCAAACUGCAGCAGCCAGAAACGACUAAGAUCAGCAAAUUCUACGAUAUGCUACCGAGUUAUUUGAAGAAGGCAAAGGUCACCAUGACCACUUCGGACGUCCGGAAUGGUGGGACGACCCGGAAACGUCCGUCGGACGACAAGGAGUAUUUACUACUAGAUCACUACAGUAAGGCGAACGUCGACUUGAUGGCUGAUCCCGAAUCCGACAGCGACGCCAACGAACCCGUCACUUCGAAUUGCAGCGACGGGGAAGACUCCGACAGCGCGACUGAUAUUGACGCCGCCGUUCAAGAAUACCGCGAUAGCAUUCAGUUGGCCAACGUCAACAUUCUCAGCACCAAUAAAUCGCCGACGGUAACGACAGGGCGCGUCGUGAUUUGUUUGAUAUUCAUUCUCUGCAUACUCUCGGCGUUAUUAACCGUCGGAAUCACGUAUAAUCAAUUUUCGAUGAACGUCGUGGUUGCGUUCUGCAUUGCAACGUGUCUGCUCACCAUCUGCACGAUGCCUCAGAGUGCGCCGGAUCCCGAGAGUCUCGUUAAAUCGCCGCUCGUAUUUCCCUUUGUCGCUUUUAUCGCCAUCAUACUCAACGCCAUGCUGCUAACUACAUUACUUUUCGAAAUUUGGCAUGCGAUCUUGUUAUGGACUUGCGCAGGUCUCCUAUUUUACGUGAAAUGUGGAUGUUGUGGUUGUACCGAUCACCAAAUACAUCAUUACCAUACAAAAACAGAAUGUUCGAUCGCAUCCACAGCGAAUGCUCAUUAUGCUCAACAGAAGAUCUACGACAUGGAUAGCAUCUUGAUACCAAGAUGACACGAAUCUGACGAUGAGUUUCUCAUUCUACAUUAUGAUUCAGACGAUCCAAAUGAGUAAUAAUGAUUGUUAUCUUAUAGAAACUAAGUUAUUUAACUCUAAGACAUCAUAAUUAUUCGUAUAAAUCAACUCUGAGCGUAUAACUGUCGCCCCUUCGGACUUGUUUAUAAUAUAUAACCGAUGUGGAUAAGUAAUCAGUGCAUUCGCAAAAUUCGGUUGUGUAUAUUGGAACACCAUAAUACGUAACGUAUAAGAAUGUAUUAAAUUAUGGCUUUAUUGGUGCAUCCUUUGACGAGCACGUGGUUAAUGCUGUGAUACUAUUACAAAAGUAUUUACUUAAUUUUGCUCUCAACAUACAAAAUAUUGAUAGAGUUAAUUAUUGCAUUGAUCGCUGUUUUGAUAUAAAAUAUUUGUAGUCAAAAUAUCAACGUGUAUAUAUUUUAUGCGUUGUUUCGAUUGUCACAUUAAUGCAAUAUUGAAUUUUGAUUUACCUACUCUUUGACUGUACCUCUAAGUCACAAAAAUUGUGAAAAUAUUUUUAUAAAUUGGACAAAUUUUGCAACAUUGGCAACUAUUCUUAAAAGUAAGCUAUACUCUUUUGGAUGCUAUCUGUAGUCGGUGCAAUAACAAUAAAUUUCAUCAUAUUUAUGAUUCUAUUAUCAAAAUGCAUAAACUAAUUAUAUGAAAUGUUGUAUUAUAAAAUAUUUAAUAUACGCAAUGAUAAAAUA